AUGGAUACUCGGUCUCAGCACAGACAAUCCAUCUCAAUGGAUAGAUCAACUGCAAUGCAAGACGGAAUCCAAAAUGCGGAGCACACAGUCAAUGGGAUGAACGGAGUUCACGAUAGUCCAAACGGGGGCUCACCCUACAAUGAAAACCCGUCCCAAAAGCCUCAAGGUCACUCUGCUAAUCCGGCUGACAGGGGACCUCAAUCUCAAAGCCGCUUCCCCCGUAUCUCACUACCAGUAGAGCUCAUGCAAGACUCCUAUGACGUGGUGGCCAUUGGCUCGGGAUAUGGAGGGGGCGUGGCCGCCAGUCGAAUGGCCAGAGGAGGACAGAGCGUCUGCGUCCUGGAGCGAGGGAGAGAGAGAUGGCCUGGUGAGUUUCCUGAAAAGCUGGAGGAUGCGGUGGAGGAGCUUCACGUCAGCGGCCAGUUCGCUCCCGGCGACAGAAGAAGUAUCCCGGGAGCGAUGGUUGACGCGGGGAACCCAAAUGGCCUAUAUCACUUCGUGGUAGGCGAAGGCCAGAACGUGUAUAUGGGCAACGGUCUCGGUGGCACCAGCCUUCUAAAUGCCAAUGUGUUCCUUGAAGCCCAUCGCAAAGUCUUGGAAAUGGGAGUUUGGCCGGAGGAAUUGAGAGGACAUAAUGUAUGGAAGAAAUAUCGGGCUUUGCUCUACUUUGGACCCGUUUCUUAUGAUAUCCAGACUAUGACCGCGCAAGGAGCGUUCUGGAACCUGCUCAAUACCCAUCGCACUUUCCCAAAGCUCCUCAAAGCCGACCUCCUUGAAAGGCAAUCGGAGCUCAUGAGCUGGGGCGAUAAUUUCUACCGUGUUCCGCAAACAACUCGGUUUGAGGACGGCCCCAACUCUACGGGAGUCUACAUGCAGGCAUCACAGCUGACGGGCAUGGAUGCGACUGGUAUCAACGACGGCAGCAAGUCUACAACGCUUGUAAAUUAUCUCAGUGAUGCAUGGAAUUGGGGUGCCGAGAUUUUCUGCAAUUGCGAGGUCAGAUAUAUCGCCAAAGCCCCCGAUCGUGAAGGAUACAUUAUAUAUUUCGCGUGGCGUUCCUGUGGACGAGACCGUUUCAGCACUUUCUUUGACGACCUUAUGUGGGUGCAUGCAAAGAAAUUUGUUUUCUUAGGAGCUGGGAGCAUCGGAACAACCGAGAUCUUGCUCCGCAGCAGACAGAUGGGCUUGGACUUGAGCGAUGACGUUGGGACUGAGAUGAGCGGCAAUGGGGAUAUGUACAACACCGACUAUGAAGCAAAUUGCAUAGCUCGUCCUGAACCUACACCUGAGCGACCCGUAGGACCAUGCAUAACUUCAGUCUUGGAUCUGAGGGAUCAGAGAAACCCUCUGGACGGGUUUGUGGUAGAAGAUUGUGCGGUACCAUACGCUCUUGCCCCACUCAUGUUCAGUAUGCUGGAAUACUUGCCAGAUAUGAGACGUCCCAAAUACAGCCCUGUCGAGAGUGUAGAGAAGUUUGUUGCACGACUGAAAGGCAAGCUUGGACCAUACGUACCCGAGGGCAGCGUGCAGAAAACUGCCGUAUAUUUGAUUAUGUCGCAUGACAGUAGCCAAGGCAGAUUGACACUUCAGAAAGACAAGCCAGUGCUUACAUACUCGGGCGUGGGCCGUUCUAAAUCUGUAUCUCGCAUCCACGGUAUCCUUGAGAGAAUGACGGCUGCUAUUGGGGGGAAUUUCAUAGCCAACCCAGUCUGGAGUACUUUGGGUAGGCAGGAGAUCACAGUGCAUCCCAUAGGUGGAGCGCGCAUCAGCAAAGACAACACUGGCAACAAUGGGGUGGUGAACCACCUUGGGGAAGUAUUGAAGGGAAACAGCAGCGAGGCGUAUGAAGGACUGGUCGUGUGCGACAGUUCUGCACUGCCAGCAGCUGUUGGCGUCAACCCUUUUGCGACCAUUACAGCCUUUGCUGAAAGAUCAGUUGAGAUGGUAGCCCAGAGGCGAAAUAUAGCCAUCGACUAUAACACGAAGAACGGUGGGUAUCAAGCAGAAACAAAUCGCUUUUCCCUCGCUAACAGCCUCAGGUCAAUUGGACAUGUUCGGUACCCCCGCAUAUCGUUCUCCUCAAGAUGCAGAAACCGCGCAACUUGCAUACAGGCUUGCCAAAGCCACUGA